AAAAGCAGCCGGCCUGUGUUUCACUGGGACCUAAAUAAGCAUCACAACAGGUUGUUUACAACGGAAGCACCGGAUUGUAUUGACGUACACCGUCUUAAUGUUGAAGGCGCGGAAUAACUAAGUUUGACAUUUCCCGCCGCGGCUUCCAAUGUAGGAUGUUAGUUGGCUACAGCAGCAGCUCAGAGGAAGAGGACACCGAGGUGUGCGGCGAAGACUCUCGAAAGUGUCAAGAGGAAGCCACUAUUAACGAUGAGUGUCCAGCGAGGAAGAGAGCCAAAAAUGAGGAAUCGGUUACCAAACCAAGGCUGCCGCUCCCAGGUUGCCUGUUGACCAUGUUUUCAGAUGAAUUGGAGCCACAGACAGAAGACAGCUCUCUUCAUGGCGGUCGUAUUCGCUCCUUCAAACACGAGAGAGGAAACUGGGCCACCUAUGUUUAUUUGCCGUACCAACCCGAGGAAGAGUUCACAGAGUUGCUUCAGGAACUGCUCUCAACUGCUGGGGCCUGUGGUGUGGUGUUGACUCCGCAGGAGGAGUUCCACAUCAGUCUGUCUCAGACAGUGGUGCUGAGACACCACUGGAUCCAUCCCUUUACACAGAGCCUUAAGUCAGGCCUGGUGCACUGCAAAAGGUUUAUGUGCUCAACAGGAAAGCUGAGAGUUUAUAGUAAUGCUGAGAAAACAAGAACGUUUCUGGGUAUAGAGGUGUACACUGGGCAUGCUCAGUUAAUGGACCUGGUCGGAGUUGUGGACAGAACAAUGGAGGAGUUUCACCUGGAAACUUUCUACAAGGAACCUUCUUUUCAUGUGAGUUUGGCCUGGUGUGUUGGAGACAUGACAGUGGAGAUGAAGGAGUGUAUUCAGGAGCUGCAGCGCCUUGUUGAUGAACAUGAAGAAGGACCAUUUGUCCUGACGUUAGAUUGCAUGGAGCUGCGCUGCAGGACUGGAAACAAGACCUUCUCCUUCCAACUGAAUUCGUGAAUCCUGACAUGACCAACGCCUCUUGUGUCUUUGACCAUGCUGCAAAGCCAAAGGAUUUAGCUUCAAUACAACUGUUACUGAGGUUUGACGAGACUAACCUGUCAGAUUGUGUCUAGGCUAAAAAUGUUUUAACUGUGUACAUGUGUUUUAUACUGUGUAUAAAUAAAGUUGAGUUCAUACCUCUGCAAAAGACAGUGCCUAUGAAACUGUAUGAGACAUGCUGCAUGGUGUUUUGGCUGGGGUAUGAGUUUGACUGUG